AUGAACAACUCAUUGCCUCACCCCGCUCACCUCAAAGCCUCUCUGCGACAGAUACAUCCCAACAGCAUCCCAAAAGUGCUUUAUUUCCCUGAGAGAGAGAAAGACCAGAGAGAUAGAUAAUGGAGAGAGAAGAAAAAAAUACUGAAAAAAAAUCGUUGGCCCAACCACAACACACUGAAAAACCUCACCGGGCCCACGCACAGUGAUCGUGGGAAAAUACGAGAAUAAAACUGAAAAUUAUAUUCGCUGGCGGCGCCUUCUCCUGUCUGGCUGUCUCCCUCUGAUCUGAUCCAAUGCGGGCGGCUACCGUACUCUCGCAUCCACUUCCUCUCCCGGCGAUCGCCGCCUGGAAGCACCUUCGCAACCAAACACGUUCCAGCAUUCAAUUCUCAUUUCCGCCGCUGCGGCCGGCGUUCAGAGUUUCUCCAUUGAAGUACCGAGAGAUUCAGAAGCGAGGUUUGCGAGUGACUGAUGGCCUCGAGCCGAAAAUUGCAGAAAGCAGCGAGGAGGAUCCGACGGAGAGAAAGAUUGGUGGGAGUUCGAAUUCGGAUCCAGGAUGGAUUCGUGCUUUCCCUCAUGUGCUUACAGCUUCCAUGUCCAAUUUCCUGUUUGGCUAUCACAUUGGGGUGAUGAAUGGACCUAUAGUUUCUGUUGCGAGGGAGCUGGGUUUUGAAGGCAGUCCGAUACUCGAGGGACUUGUGGUGAGCAUAUUCAUCGCUGGUGCAUUUUUCGGAAGCAUUGGCUGCGGCUCGCUGGCUGAUAAACUUGGAUGCAGGCGGACAUUUCAGAUUGCUACUGUUCCAUUGAUUCUUGGUGCAAUCAUAAGUGCACAAGCGCACUCGUUGGAAGAAAUACUUGGUGGACGAUUUCUGGUUGGCCUUGGGAUUGGUGUGAACACAGUUCUGGUUCCGAUCUAUAUAUCAGAGGUUGCUCCUACAAAAUACAGAGGCUCCCUGGGAACUUUCUCUCAGAUUGGGACUUGCCUCGGUAUCAUUGCAUCUUUGUUACUUGGAAUUCCUUCAGAAACUGAUCCCCACUGGUGGAGGACGAUGCUAUAUCUUGCUAGUCUUCCUGGAGUGGUCCUUACACUAGGCAUGCAGUUUGCAGUAGAUAGCCCCCGCUGGCUGUAUAAAGUGGGAAGAAUAGAAGAUGCAAAAUCAGUUAUCUAUAAUCUUUGGGGGCCAAGUGAAGUUGAAAAGGCAAUAGAAGAAAUUCAGGCAGUAGUUAAGAGUGAUGGCAAUGAUAGAGGUGGUACAUGGUUGGAACUGCUGGAGCAACCACACUCUCGAGGUUGUAUAAAGAAGACUCAUGCCAUGAAUGAUAUAUCUCUCUUUUCUGCAGUUGCAUUUGUUGGAGGUUCGCUUUUCUUAUUGCAACAGUUUGCCGGCAUAAAUGGAGUUCUUUACUUUUCAUCCUUAACAUUCAAGGAUGUGGGUAUAACAAGCAGCGUGUUGCCAAGCAUAUUCAUUGGAAUCAUCAAUUUUGCAGGUGCACUAUCUGCUCUAUACUUGAUUGACAAGGAAGGAAGAAAGAAGCUAUUAAUUGGUAGUUACUUGGGGAUGGCACUUUCAAUGUUUCUCGUAGUAGUUGCUAUAAGCUUGCCACUCAAAGAACAACUUAGCCACAUCACAUCUAUACUGGGAACUCUGCUGUACAUAUACACCUUUGCCAUCGGGGCUGGUCCAGUUACUGGCAUGAUCAUACCAGAACUCAGCAGCUCCAGGACUCGCGGCAAGAUCAUGGGAUUUAGUCUUUCCGUUCACUGGGUCUGCAACUUCUUGGUCGGUCUAUUCUUUCUCGACAUGGUAGAGAUCUACGGAGUUGCCCCUGUUUAUGCUGCAUUUGGCAGCAUGUCGUUGUUAUCGGCGAUAUUUGCUCACUACUUCACCGUUGAAACUAAAGGCCGGUCACUGGAGGAGAUUGAGAUGUCAUUGAAAUGAGCCUGUUUAGAUUCUGGUAGAACCAAUUUGUAUCAUAACUUCUUAUGUUUGAUGUUGAAAGACUGAAUGCUUUUCAAUUUUAAUCUAGGACUCAGUUGCUUGCUUCAUUUGGAAACUGAAGCGAUGUAUUGUAUAUAAUCACACUUUAUCUUGGAGUCUUGAAGGUAGGGGUGUUCAAACUUCAAACGGAUUGGUUACCGUGGUAACCAUAUUAACCGGUAGUAUUUGGUUAAUUUGGUUUAGUUAAUUUGGAUAAUUGGUUUGGUUAGGUUAAA